AUGUCACGCUUGCCACAGCCAUCCUCUUCGCGCACACCCGUCAAAUCAACUCCAUCGCGAACGCGGACCACUUCUACGUUAUCCACGACCUCUAGCAGGCUGAACACUGCGUCUCCUGCGCCUGCGUCGCGUUUCCGGACACCGAGUCCCUCUAAGCCUGCCGCUGAACCCUCGUCGCGUACCACUACUCCCACUUCAUCCCGUAUCAGACCCGCUGCCGCUCGUGUACCUGCCUCUGUGCGCGCCUCUCCGUCGAAACCCAAACCCAAGCCCGCUGAGACCACUCCACCGCCACCAGCCGAACCACCAACCCGUCUGAGCCUCAAAGAGCAGAUCGCACUCAAACGCGCAGAAGCCAAGAAAGCUCAGCAGAAAUCCGGGCCUGUUGUCGAUGGGCCGUGGGACGGUCUGCAAGAUGCUGCGCCUGAUACGUUUGGAAAGCCGCCUCCCGAAGAUGAACUCGGGCGAUGGUCUAUUCGAGAGACUAUCGAGCGCGCACGCAGCUCAGGUCAGAUCAAUCUCGCUACGCGCGAACUCAAGUGCUUGCCCUCGGCGCUUUUCGAGAUACACCUAGGCAUCACGCCAGCGAAGCUCGCCCUUGUGCCUGACGAGCCGCCAAUACCCGAGCAUGUACGCAAGGGCUCAACGCAGGACACGUCUUGGUAUGAGCAACAAGAUUUGGCUAUCCUCAAAGCUUGGAGCAAUGAGAUCGUCGAGAUACAUCCCGAGAUCGCGUUGUUCGGUUCAUUGAAGGUCAUUGAUCUGCAUAACAAUAAACUUGCGUCUCUACCUGAUGCUUUUGCUGAUCUACCGAACCUUGCGACGCUCGAUCUCUCGCACAACGAGCUUACGACUUUACCGGCGAACUUCUUUGCUCUGCCGUCCAUAGUCACGCUGGAUCUUUCCCAUAACGCCUUGACAUCUCUGCCCUUCAACACACCAUUUGCUGGAUGCAACCCUCCCGCGUAUCAACGCAAGGACGACUACUUUGCUCCUGCCGUCGUCCGCGCCGACCGCCCCAUGCCUAAACUCGCCGUUCUCACGGCUUCGCACAACCAGAUCUCUGCGUCCGCCGUCGAUCUGGAGCACAUACCUCCCACCCUAACAAAGCUCGAUCUAUCUGAGAACCCACUCACGAACGACGCCGAACCUACCGCACGCGACUUCCUGGUCGGCCUCGCCCGCCUACCGGCCCUCGAAGAAGUCCGCCUCACGAAAGCCGUCAUCACCGAAUCUUCAUUCCCCGACGACCUUCUCUCCUCCGUCGACUCUCCAUUCCCCAAGCUCAAGCUUCUCGACAUGGAAGAGUCGUUCCACGUCAAACACACCGACGCCGUCCAACGCGCCCUCGCACCCAUAUCCGCGCAGCUAAUCUUCGCCUCUCCGCCCGUAGGACCGAGCACACCUUUGCUCGGCUCUAGCGAGCCGACGGACGAGCGACCGCCGCUGCAUGUGGUUAUUGGGAAGAAGGUGCAGCGCGAGGCUUGGGAGAUCGAGGCGGAUCGGCGCGCGCAGAUGCGGAAGAUGCGCAGCGCCGGGAACCUGCGCGCGCGGAACGACGAGGAUGCUCCACCCGUACCCUCUGCGUCUACGACCGAGGUGCCCGCACCCGUCAAACCUGCGCCUGGUCCUGUGUCGAGGAAGGAGGUCGUGAAGGAGCAGUGGGAGAUCGAGGCGGAGCAGGGAUUACUCACAGAAGGAGGACGCCGCCGCGCUCGUGCGCUCGCGGCACAGCGGGAGAAGGAAGAGGCUGAGAGGCGAGAGCGAGAGCUCGCGGAGAAGCACGCGCAAGAGCAGGAGCCGCGUCCGUCGUCCGCUAGCUCGCACGAGCGAGAAACCACCCUCAGCCCGUCGUCAUCCGCUUCGACGCUGAACCCGAAGUACUGGGACAAUUCAAACAAAACGCUCAUCCUCCCUCCCUGCGCACCCGUCGCCCGCCACGCCCGCAACUUCUCCCUCGCGAUCGACCGCACACGGGACGACGCCGACAUCACGCUCCCAAACGCCACACUCCCGCUCGCACUGAUCACCGCCCAGCCCUUCGCAGCAACCCUGCGCGUCCUCGAGCUCCGCGGGCGCCGCGCGGACCCCGCAUUCCUCCUCCCGACCGAAGACGUCUCCUUCCCGCGUCUCGAAGAGCUCAUCCUAGACGGCUGCGCGCUCCCCGACGACGUCCCCGCCUCGCUCGGCCCCGCCCCGCGUGCGCGCACCCCGACCGUGCCCCUUCUCGCAAGGCUCUUCCCCUCCCUCCGCUCGCUCGACCUCUCAUACAACACCAUCUCAUCCGCCGCGCUCUCCUCGUCGACCCUCUCCUCGCUCGUCCUCGCCGACGGCGCCACGGGCCGCGCGGGCCUGCGCGCACUGCGUCUGCGCGGGAACAGACUGGAGAAUUUGGGCGGACUGGCGAUGCUCGCGCGGAGCGCGUUCGCUGAUGGGAGUGAGGAUCGGGAGGGCGUGAGGGGGCGGUGGACGUUGGAGGAGCUGGAUGUCCGGGAUAAUGCGCUCGAGGCGCUGCCGGGCGAGUUGGGGCUGUUGCCGCUGGAGGUGUUUUUGGUCGAGGGGAACGUGUUCCGCGUGCCGAAUAGGAGGGUUUGGGAGAGGGAUGGGACGAAGGGGCUGCUGGCGUGGUUGCGCGGGAGACUGGGAUGA